GCUCCACUGUUCAGAGCGCUACGGAGCAGCAAGGUUUUGCUAGCGUGAAGCUAACGCUAGCAAUCAUAACAGCCCCCCCACCUCCCAACUAAAUUCGGGGCUUGGUCAUAGGGCUGUUCCGUUGGCUACCUAUCAGCUGGCUAAAACGGCGACCAUGCAGAAAUAUGAGAAACUCGAAAAAAUCGGCGAGGGUACAUACGGGACUGUGUUCAAGGCUAAAAACAGAGAAACCCACGAAAUAGUGGCCCUGAAACGAGUCCGUUUGGACGAUGACGACGAGGGCGUGCCAAGCUCUGCCCUGAGAGAAAUCUGCCUGCUGAAGGAGCUCAAGCAUAAAAACAUAGUCAGGCUACACGACGUGUUGCACAGCGACAAGAAGCUAACGUUGGUCUUUGAAUAUUGUGACCAGGAUCUAAAGAAGUACUUUGACAGUUGCAAUGGAGAUUUAGACCCUGAAACAGUGAAGUCGUUCAUGUUCCAGCUGUUGAAAGGGCUGGCUUUCUGUCACAGUCGUAAUGUCCUUCACAGAGAUCUUAAGCCGCAGAAUCUCCUCAUCAACAGGAACGGCGAGUUGAAGCUGGCUGAUUUCGGGCUUGCUCGAGCAUUCGGGAUUCCUGUGAGGUGUUAUUCAGCCGAGGUGGUGACAUUGUGGUACCGACCCCCAGAUGUGCUGUUUGGUGCUAAACUUUAUUCUACCUCCAUUGACAUGUGGUCUGCUGGCUGCAUAUUUGCAGAGCUCGCUAACGCCGGAAGGCCUUUAUUUCCCGGGAACGACGUGGACGACCAGUUGAAAAGAAUCUUCAGGUUGUUGGGCACGCCGACAGAAGAGCAGUGGCAGACCAUGACCAAGCUCCCAGACUACAAGCCAUAUCCUUUGUAUCCAGCCACCACCUCACUGGUCAACGUGGUGCCCAAACUCAGUAGCACAGGUCGAGACCUACUCCAGGUACGAGACACGACAUUCUGCAGAAUGACGGAGUGGUCCAAAGUCUGGACAGGGUCUUUUUGAAGACCCGCAUAUAUU